AUGCCCCGAGAUCCACUCAUCGGGCUUGUGGGAAAACCAUCCUCUGGCAAGUCGACGACUUUAAACAGCUUGACAGACGCCAGUUCGAAAGUGGGCAACUUCCCUUUCACGACAAUCGAUCCUCAAAGAGCCGUCGGAUAUCUCCAAGUCGAGUGUGCCUGCAAGCGACAUGGCGUCACCGACAGGUGCCGGCCGAAUUACGGGUCCUGCGUGGACGGCAAGAGAUCGGUGCCCAUAGAACUGCUUGACGUCGCUGGUUUGGUCCCAGGUGCCCAUGAAGGUAGAGGACUUGGGAACAAAUUUUUGGACGAUCUUCGCCAUGCGGACGCUCUUAUACAUGUGGUCGAUGUCAGCGGCACAACGGACGCCGAUGGCAAAGCCACCCGAGGCUACGACCCCAGUGUGGACAUCGAAUGGCUGCGUGGCGAGAUCGUUCGUUGGAUCCAAGGGAACUUGAUGGAGAAAUGGGGAAGUAUCAAGAGACGGCAUCUUGCUGUGAAAGCAUCACCGGUGGAUACACUCCAAGCACAGUUCUCAGGCUACGGUAGUACCAGCGCAGUCGUUGCUCGGUGCUUGGACAAACUGCAGUUGAAACAACCCCUCGAGGAAUGGAGCGAUGAGACUAUUCUCAAAGUUGUCAAUGCCUUCACAGAUGAGAAGUUCCCUACCGUCCUUGCCCUGAAUAAGAUCGAUCACCCGGAUGCAGAUCGCAACAUUGCUAAGAUUGCAAAGCAACAACCGCCCGACCGAAUCGUUCUGUGCAGCGCCAUAUCAGAGGUGUUUCUGCGUCGGCUGGCGAAGCAGGGAUACAUCAAAUACAAAGAAGGAGCAGACUACCUCGACACCCGGGAAGAUCUGAUUGAGCAGGGUGAUCCCAGUGGCGGAGGACUCAAGGAGAUGGAUGACAAGCUGAAACAGCGGAUAGAGAAUCUCAAGGACAUGGUGCUGUACCGUUUCGGAAGUACCGGCGUGGUACAAGUUUUGACUCGGGCGGCAGCAAUGCUCGGCCUUGUGGCGGUAUUCCCUGUGAAGAAUAUCCACACCUACGGCUCGGGAACAGCUGGGUCCACGGCUGUUUUCAGAGAUUGCGUGUUGGUGAACAAGGGCAGUACGGUUGCGGACGUGGCAAGAAAGGUCAUGGGUGAUGCGCCCAUCGCAUUUGUCGAAGGGGACGGUGGCAGGAGAAUUGCGGAAGAUUCAAUAAUAGAGGUUGGGAAGAAUGAUAUCCUGUCUUUCCAUGUCGGGCGGUGA